ACCCUCUCCAGCGAAGACGAAAGAAGAAGAGGAAAUGCCGCUCAAAGGAGAAAUGCUGCCGGAAGAAAGGAAGACUCGAGUUUCUGGAAAUGUUUCAAGAGGGAGAAGUUCAUCCCAUUUCAUUUAGGCGAGAGGGAUAAUUAAUAUGGGAGAAGCGGGGAAGAGGAAAAUUCAGAAAAAGAGAGAAAAGAGAUAGAAAAGAAGAAGAUUGAAUAGAUUAUCCCGAACCUGCCUCCGCCGCCGUCGCACGAACCAUUUACGAUGGCCGCGUCUGGGUGGAUUGUGGUGCUACCAUUCCUUUAGGAUACCUUUCGGCUUCAGUAGAAACUCUUCCCCCGUCAGUUUUGAUAGAUAUUGAUAAUGUACGGUAACUCAACUUUGAGUAUUGAAUUGACUUUGUUGGUUGAGUGGAGUUACGGUAGUUCAAUCUAUAAAGGAAGGACAAUCGAUCGCACUUGGCUCAGAACCACCUAACGGUGGCUCUUUACUCCCUCAAGACUUGCUUCUGAUUUUUCCUUCACCCCACCCCCACCCCUACCCCUACCCCUACCGAGACGAGGAGCUGUGAGCUGUGAGCUGCGAGCAAGGCAGCUCUGCUCCGGAAAGAAAAGAAGCCAGCAGGUCCUUUUCCGCUUGACCGCUAACUCAUGAGCAAAGCCGCCUUUUGCCGCCCCUCAUGCUGCAUGAGCGGAUCUUCACUAAAAGCCGGCUCUAUUGGCGGAUGGAUAGCGCCCCUCACUCUGCCAUGAGAACAGACGAAAGCCGCACUAUCUCCUUGCAGCUUUGCCUGCCGCCCUUCGGUGGUAUAGUAGGAUGGAUAGCAAAGCCGCCUUCGGCCCUUCGCGUCAGUAAGCCCCUCUUCGAGCCUCUACUGAAUUCCGCUCGCCCCGGUCCGUCAGUAGCGUUGCGUUGACAAAGGCAACCUUUUGAUUAUGUCGUUACGGUUUGUUCCGGCUCGGUUGACUUUGUCAACGACACAAGCAAGGAGUUGACAAAGGAGAACAGCCCUGCCCUUGCUGUUAGUCUGCUACUUCCUUCGAGUUGACAAAGGUGAACAGCCCCCCUGUUGUUGAUAGAGAGCUUACCGCCCCGCCCUUUAUAGUCGCGAGAGAGCGUACCGUAUGUUUAUAGUCGCGACUGUUGUCAUGGAAAAAGAGUUUGUUUUCUGUCAAAGAAGCAUGCUUAACACAGCCCAUAGCGUAAAGGCAUUCGAGCCGCGUCUAAACUAAAUUGACGGGUAAGGGCCCGUACUCUCUCUUCUGUAGAUACGCUAUCCCUUCCGGCUAUGGUAUGGGGGAAGGGAAGUGAGAUCUACCGAUUGAUUUGAUAUUAGAUGAGCGGCCGUACUAUGAUCGUUCGGGAGCACACUUUGGAGCCCCACGCGCUACACACAAGAAAGAAUUGUUAUGCGGUCGGUCAACUAUUUCUGCAGGCAGCCUAUCAAAUCAGAUCACGUAUUCUAUGAUAUGUCGUUCCGUCAUGUACAUGUAUUCGGUCUGAGAUUUUGAUGUUCCUGCUCGUGCCCGGAGAGAGAAUGGGCACGACCUCCCCUCUCCCCGUUCCACCGCCCAAAACAGGCCGGCCGUUCUAAGUUCCGGGUUUGGGUCGGAUAGGACCAGACCAAAUCGGCUGGAUCUGUGGAAUCUGAACGGAUCAGAUCCAAUCGGAUCUAAUCGUAGCUUCGGGUUCAGGUGCCGUACCGCGGCCGGUGAGCAACUAAACUAUCUCCUGAAUCGUCUGAAUCCGGGGAAGCUUCGGGUUCAGGUACCGUACCGCGGCCGGACCGGAAAGGAGGGGGACAGCGAACCUCCUGCCAAGAGGCCAAGGUAGCUUGCUUACUCUCAGCCACUUGUUAGAAGGAAGUGCAGCGUCGAUUGGCGGGGGGAGGGAAGGAAAUAUGGUAGAUUAUUCGAUUCUAUUUCUUCCUUUGGUAAGGAUUGGUCGGUGAUGUGAUUGGAAUUCGUCUUUUCUUUGUUUGUAUCACCGAGACACCCGAAGGGCCGGCCAUAUGUACCGUUUUCGGGAGACCCGGCCCAUUCAAAUCCAAAUAGAACGAGCACCUACGACUAAGGGGAAUGGAAUGUCGACCACAGGGUGAGAUGAUCUUAGAAUACGAGGGCGAGUGACUGGUCAAGUCAUGAAACUUAGUAAUUUUGGUCAACAUGGCUGCAAGUGGACUGGGUUUAUGUGUUUGAACUGACUAUGACCAAAGUCGUGGCUACUUCAACCAAAAAAAGGGCGACCCCCUAAGACCCCCCAUACCCCCCCCGCGAAGAAGUAGUUGGAGCCGGGCUCCGAACUAUUUCGGUUUGGUUUUGUUUCAUGCUUAUAAGAGCGGUCAACUCAAAUAAGGGAUCAGACCGCUCCUGGUGUUCGAACUAGUCAUUAAUGGUCGGCGUCAAUUGGUACCCUUUCGGUAUGCGUUGCGAACACUUUCAUUUUGAGCGUCUCAUCUUCUCUGGAGAAGCGAAAAUCGAACGGAUAGAGCAGAUGGUCCAAC